AUGUUCCACAACAAACCCCACUGUUAUAACUGCAUUGACUGGGAGAAUGACAAAGCAGUCAAAGGAGCCGAUAUGCGAUUCAAAGAAGCAUUUGAGUGCUGCGAGCUCGAACAAUGGGUUAGGUACUUCACUCGCGGGGAAUCCGUCUUGGACCUGAUUUUAUCUUCUGGCUUCAAGAUUGGAAAUUUCGGAAUUGACUAUAUCAAAAAAGAGAGUAGUUUCCUAGCUGAAACUGUGUUUAGAAGGGUUGAUUAUCGGAAGCUCAGUGACUGUCUUAACACAGUAGAUUGGAAUCUGAUAUUCAACAACUACACCUCAUUCUUUAUGACUUCUUCCCUAGUUUUGUGCCUUUCCGCUAUACUAGGGGAAAAUAACAUCAAUACCCCUACCCAUAUCAGAAAUUUAGUUGACCAGAAAGUUCGCUUGUUUCGAGAGCUGAAGAAUCCUUUGAGCGAUGCGAAUUACAAAAAAGUCUGCUCUAACAUCAGUCUUCACGUCAAAAAAUACCUUGCCUAUUGCGAGCGUAAGUUGUUGAAUCGUAAACACUCCUCUUUUUUCAAGUACCUGAAAGGAAAGCUUAACGCCGCAACCAAACCCAUAUGCAUUGUGAAUGGUGAGAAUCACACCCUCAACUCCGAUCGGGAAAUGGCCACAGCUCUGGGGAAUCACUUCGCAUGUGUGUUUACCCAACCCGUCCAACAUUUAGACCAGCCUCACAGCGGAUCUAAGCGAGUUUAA